AUGAACUCAGCGGAGGAGUUGCCUGGCGGGAAUGGUGCCUAUGAGCUUCAAAUGAAGUUGCGCACGACAACUGUGCGUCUUCUGCGUAAAAAGAUGUUCGACAAGGCCAUUCACGUACUCGAAGAUGGUGCACAGAGACUUUUAGACAUGAAGGAGGAAGGAAGUGCUUGCGACAUUACAGAAUAUCUUCUCGAUGUUUACACACAAGCCGACGUCAAGAUGGAUGAUGAAAAUCGUAAACGAAUCAUAUCUAUUCUCUCUAGAACAACCUCACCCACAUGGCGCCGCAAGUCCAUCGCAGCUGCUAGCAAGUGGGCCGUCAAAGCUACGGGCAACUCAUUGGGCGAUCCUCAACUUAAUGCACUAUUGUCCAAGCUGCUCACACAAGACAAUCAAUGGUUCGAGGCAGAGAAGCAUUUGAUCGGGGCUGCGGGAUACGAUGAAGAAUACGCUUCAGACCUUGCCAAUAUGCUCCUGGACUGGAAUGCUGCAUACUCUAAAGCAUUAGCUGAAUCAAAUGACAAUGAGCCGCCUACUGAUUCGGUGGAGCGUGUUCUUUCUGGAACAUUUGCUCUUCGCGGCUGGAUUCCUCUUAUGCUCGUGGAGAAGCCCCAAAGUGCUCUGGCAUUCAUUCAAGCCUACGUUAAAUCUGCUACAGAACGUCACCCAUCUUUACUUUUGCCUGUCAAGCCUAACCCGCGCGAAUACAAGUCGCCUUCUAGUGUGUCUAAUUUCACCACGGCUAUUUACAUGACAGCAAGCCCGCCUCUGAACUUUUCACAAAACGCCGUGGCGCUUGUUUGCGACAUUCAAAGCACGAAAGCUCCCGUCUCAAACGAGAUGAAGGCUGCAUGGCAAUCGCUUCUGCGACAGUUUGUUCAGGACGGUGGACUAACCGGUAUGGAGUCUCUUGUUGAUCUUCUUUCAGAAGUUUCAUCCAAAUACAUUGAUCUCCAUCCGGCUCGUAAGCAGACUGAUAUGCUCUCGUCCAUGGUCUCGAAAAUGAUGGGUGUCCAAUCGGAGCCUCAGGGCGCAUCUGCCAAUGCGCAAAUAAAAAUCAAGCAGCUUCCACGCCCAGCUGCUCCAAAACUCAAGGCGGCGUCUGAUAAACAAUCAACAACCUCUUCUACCGCUCCAGCUGUCUCCGAGGCUGACCAGCUGGUUGAUGAAGAGAUGGAUUAA